AUCACAUGCUUUGGAUGUGAUAAGAUAUGGCAAUCAUACAACUUAGAAAAAUCUCCUUCUACACAAUCGAGUAACCUCGUGAACCAUGCAUGCGCUGAGCUCGUCGCGCUCUUUCAUGUCGCAAAUUUGCUAUCGACCAUAAGCGAGGAUUGAUGGGUAUCGAAGUUUGACUGAGGAAAAUCCCAUUGUUCGUGAACUUUAAACCGUUAGGAAACGGGAUAUUGGAUAAAUUUGUAUCUUUGUAGAUGUGACAACUCAACUGGAGCAAAUCACUGAGAUUGGGCUUCACGAGAUCUUGCCAUAGUCAUGAGAUUUGCUCUAUGAGUCGGUCAGUCAGUCAAAUCUCUUCCUUUGGGAAUGCUGAACAAAAAGAAUCAAUUCUGCUCUGUGUAAUUACUGACACUCAGUAUGUUUCAGUUAAUUUGGUUCAUCAAGUGUACUUAUUGGAGAAAAUGUAAGACAGUUCAACACUCCAUGAUUGAUACAAGCCUUGGACAAUUCUGCACCCAAACUCUACUUAUUACCAGCACACCAUGAGGGUCUGCAGAACCAGAACUUCUCUACAUCCGACCCAUUAAUUUCUCAAUCAUGGAAGCCCCCAAGAACAACUUCACCAAACCACCCAUCUGUGGCCUCAUGGAACCCUCUUUGGUCCACUCUUCUUCUUCCUUCACACACAAGCUGAACCUCUCGGUCUCCGACUUCUCCUUCUCAUCCUAUCUCAGGCCACCAUCAGAUGACGAGGAGCCCAAGAGACCAUCCCGAGAACACAACCAGUGUGCAGCCGAUGAUUCCGAGCUCAGCAUCUUCGAUGCCCGGAAGUACUUCAAUGAAAACAAUGACCAAGAAUUCACCAAUAGUCCUAGAGUCAUCUCUCCCCUGAAGGAAAACUUGCCUGACCCGUCUCCGCUUCUCCCGAGAUUGUCUUCGGCUUCUUCAUCCAUCGUGGAUGGUUACGGGAGGAAUUACAGGGCUCGAUCGUUCCGUUCGUACGCGACCCCAACGGCCUCGUCGGAGGCGAGUUGGAACAGCCACACCGGGCUUCUGUCGAAUCCUCCUGGAGCGAUAUUGGUGUCUCUCAGGGACCCUGUAGCCGAUAGGAAAAGAGGGACUAGUAACUCUCCAAGGUGGCUACUUUUCCAGCAAAAGUGCCCUUGCCUGGGCAAGAAGUCUGUUCGGGUUAAGGAGAGAUCUUCGGAACCAAGAUCUCCAGCUCGCCUAAGUAACUACAGAUCGAAAGAACUUGCGGGUUACAAAGUUCAGCCAAAUAUAGCUCAAACCAAAGCCUUCUCUAUUGCUUCUGUUUCAGAGACUAGUAAGAAGAGUUUAGAGGCAACUACGACACCCCGAUACUACACAAGCAAAACCGGCGAGAAGAUCGCAGAUACCGUUCGUAGAAUCUCUUCAGAAGUCGAGAAUCACUUCCCUCCCGAAGUUCGUGCAUCGGUCGUAGCCCCAGGAAGGCCAUUCGUUGAUGGUACUACUAAUGCGGGAUUCACCUUUCCUGUGUUGAAACCAUCAAUGUCUUCGUCCUCAUCAUCUACUCCUUUGAAGCCGGUACUAAAUGGCCAAUCAUCUAUUAAAAAGUCUGUUAGUCCCUUGCUUCCUCUCGCUUUAGAUCCGCCGCGGGAUUCGUUGGAAGUGUUCCAACCAUCUCGCGCGUCCAAUACUCAUCCCUGCCAACUGCUUGUCGCACCGGCUAGCCUCGGCCCGAGAGAAAACCAGGUUGCGGACGAUGAGGCGGCCAGCGAUGCAAGCUCGGAUUUGUUCGAGAUCGAGAGCUUUUCCACUCAAUCCACUUCGUAUCCAAUCCCGUACCAUCGCCAGAGGGACUCCCUCGAUGAGGCAAGGCCAUGGUUCUCGACAAACACCAGUACCGGGCCUGGCCUAUACAACGGCCUAGACGACCAACCAAUGACGCCAUCCUCUGCCGGGUAUGCGUUAACCGAGUGCGGCUAUGAGCCAAGCGAGGCCAGCAUUGCAUGGAGCGUCACCACGGCGGAAGGGACGCCAUGGGACCGGGGGAGCGUGACUAAUUACUCUGUCAGCGCGUCCGAUGUGGAAGAGUUCACCAGGAUCCAGCUGCGGCUGCACCGGGAGCUGGAGAGGGGAGGCGGCGGAGAGGGCGGCGGAGGCAGGCGAAGAGGGAACGGGCUGCUGAUGAGCUGUCGAUGCGAGAAGGCGGUGAGUGUGGGGCCAAGCCCGGUAAAACAGCCUGAGCAGGGACAUGUGCAUGGACAUGGGCAGGGACCUCAUAAGAGCAGGCCUUCCUCAUCUUUUGCCAGCACCAGCAAAUGCCUUGGCCAGGCAUGUGAGCAGUAGGCCACCACCAGUCGCCAAUAAGCCACCCAUAUCGGGCUCUCACUCAGCUCGCCUGUCCCUAACUUUCGCGACAUAGCCAGUGAGGUCGGCGCCGAUACCGACUCGCACCUUGCGAUUCUCACUCAACGCGACAACUCGGUGUUUUAUCCUUUUGUGUCACAAGCUCUUUUCAGUGGCUUUCAAUUUGUGUGAUCUGUUCUCAAACUUUUCUUUCCUUUGCUUCAGUUAUUUCUUCUAGUAUCAGCCUUGUGGGUCUCUAUGCUUUUUGCAUGAUGUGGACCAAGACAAAAUGAACGAUUAAGUUGAAAUGGUGAUGUUUGAAUGAUUGCCUUUGACAUUA